UAGAAAGUUUUCAAUUUUGCAAUUCUAGACACUCCUCUUCUUUUGAGUUUCAGACACCAAUCUAAAAAAAAAAAAUCCAAGUUUCUCCAAAUUUUAGACGUUAACCUCUCUGCUCUGAAGGCUUGAAAAUUUCUGGGAAUCUACGACGGAAACUCGGAUUGCUAGAAUUUGAUCAGAAGAAGGGUUAAUGGAAGGAGAGAAGCUAAUGAUAGAAGAUCGCGGCUUUUUGGCUGCUCCUCUGACCUUCUUCGUCGUCGUUGUCUUCCAGUUGCUAUCUAAGUGGCUUGACCAAUUGAAGAAGAAAGGGUCGAAGAACACGAGGGAAUCACAGCUGCGGUCUGAAAUUAAACAGCUUUUGAGAGAGGCUAGUGCAUUGUCUCAGCCAGCCACUUUUGCUCAAGCGGCAAAACUUAGGAGGUCUGCAGCUACUAAAGAGAAAGAACUUGCACAAUAUCUGGAACAGCAUAACAAAGAAAUUAAUCUCUCAUAUGAUCUAUAUGGAAAGGUUCUGCUUGCUUCAAAGGUUGUGAUAUACCUAAUCCUGGUACUUUGGUUCUGGAGGACUCCGAUUGCCAUUAUAGCUAAGCAACUUGUUCAACCGUUUGGGACUUUGUUAUCUUGGGGAACAGGAGGUCACUUAACAGGCCAUGUGUUGGUUGGGAUCAUACCGUGGCUGAUACUCUCAACCAGAGUGAGCAAGUAUGUGUGUAGGUUCGUGGAGUUCUAAAUCACAUCCCUGAAGAGAGUGGAGAUUAAUGGUUUGAGUUUAAAGUUAUAGCGUUUUAGGAGACACUUGACUUGUGGCAGAAUGGUGCCUUUUUUUUUCCUCAUCUAUGAUAUCUACCUUGAAAUUUUUUGUAUAAAUAUUAUAUGAAUCUUAUUCUCAAAUUUGGUUUGUUACACAUAUAACAAAGUGGUUAGGUUUUGACCUUUAA